AGUGCGACAGGCCUGUGUACAGUAGAGUACAGUGCAGUCCUGCAGACAGACGCUGGAGAUGGGUGAGUCGCCGCUGCGGGCCGUGGUAUCACAGUGUUUGAAUAAUAAUGUCUGGACUUGAGUGACGCAGUUAAAGGCCAUCAGCACACACCUCCUGCAGAGACACGGUGUUUGCAAGAGUGCGUCUUUUCACCGACUGGCGUUGUUUGUUUUAAAGCUAGCGGGCUAAUGUUAGCGAGCGGAGCCAGGCCCAGCGAAGAGUCGCGUCCAAGAGUUUUAACAGUGCAGUGUUUUUGUCAGCGACGCCAGAUAAACCGCUAACGAGACAAAUGUAACUGGUAACGCUUCCUAGCCAACAAAAACAACCAAACCCUCGUUAAUAACACAGCCCGUUAGAAAUUUGGGCUGUUUUUAGUCGCACAGUAAACGUUAACAUAGCCAGUAAACGUUAGCUAAGUGCAUAAAAAUCAUGACUUCCAGGAGGACAGGCUAUGCUGGUAGCAUGGAUUCCUCCCCGUCAAGUAGCGGCAGCGGCUCGGUCCACACUGGAAAUCGUAAACAAAGUAUAAUCAACAUUCCCGACAGGACCGGGGCAGAGUCCUGUUAUGAUCGGAAAACAGACAAGUCUGGGUACGGAGCUUCGCAGGGCAACAUGACCGUAACGUCGCUGAAAUCGCGCCUGGCUCCGACCAUUCAGACUGCCAUGUCCGCCGCAGUGGACACUCUGCUGGGCGAAGUGGUGCUUGUGCUCAACGAGACGCAACAAGAGCUGCUGCACAAGGAGCAGGAGAACGAGAGGCUCAAAGUGCGUCUUGAGGUGUCAGAGAGGGAGCUGAAGACUUUACAGGAGUGUCUGUGCAGCGCUCAGAAGCUCAUUGAUCAGCUGCAGAUCUCGUAUUCGGGCCCUCAGACGAUUAGUCAGUCAGUUUUCGCCCCAUCGCUGUCUUCCAUGGCCUCACUGACCUCAGGCUUGGAUCGGGACCACCAGAACCAACGAAAUGUGAACGGAGCCGGUGUAGACUUGGGUCUCGGCGGAUCUGUGGAUGAGUCGCUUCACGGGUUUGAGCCGAGAGAUGACUACAAAAUGUGCCAACUUUCAAUCCAACCAGAUGGCUCUGUGACUAAUCACACUCUGGAUUCCUUUACAUCCAGCACAUCUCACAUGUGCUCCGAUUCCAGCAGGCCAGAUGACAGGCAGAGUCAGGGACCAGGUGGAGCGUCUAGGUUUGAGAUUAAAGAAGAGCAGGGACUGGGUUCAGGCUCUGCUCAGUCCGGCAGGAAGGAGUCUGGGUUGCGUAAUGACGGCAGAGUCGGGGAUGGAGAGCGGUCGUCUCACAACGUGGGUGACCUCAGUUACGUUCAAGUCGGAGAGGGAGGUUCUCAGCGCUCCUUUACUCACCCCCUGCGGCACCAGAGGCCUGUGCGAGAGUGCAGCGGUGCCUUGCAGCAGGGCGGGCUUGAUGGACAGAAAGGGUUGGCUAGGACUUCUGGAACAGGGAGAGGAGACAGCGUCUCACCGGGCAGAGCGGAGGACUCGGCGGGACCCUCGGCCCCUGACACGGCAGGUGAGCCCUCUGAUCGGCCUCACCACUGCCUAGAGUGCGGAAAGACCUUCCGCUUGAUCUCCAGCCUGAAGAAGCACAUCCGCAUCCACACGGGAGAGAAGCCCUACCCGUGCGGGGUCUGCGGCCGCCGCUUCCGCGAGUCGGGGGCUCUCAAAACCCACCUGCGCAUACACACAGGUGAGAAGCCGUACUCUUGCUCUGAGUGCGGGAACUGUUUCCGCCACUUGGACGGUUUGCGCAAGCACAGGCGCACGCACACCGGAGAGAAACCGUACGUGUGUGCCAUCUGUGGGAAGCGCCUGAGCCGCCUGCAGCACCUCAAACACCACCAGCUCAUCCACACCGGAGAGAGGCCGUGCUGCUGCCCCUUCUGCAACCGCAGCUUCAAGGAGCCCGCGGCGCUGCGGAAACACAUCCGCACGCACCGGGAGGAAGGUGGUCACAUGGGAAUCGGCGCCAGUGAUGACACAGACCCAGACGCCAUGGAUGACAUAAACAACCUCCAUCCAGCAGCUCCGUCCCCACAGAUGAGGUUUGGGGAGUGGGGAGCAGAGGAAGACGACAGCUCAGUUGUGGACUGUGUGUAGGUGGAGUAACUGUCGACUGGUCAUCUUACCAUAAAACAUGGGAUAAGGUGUUCCUGUAGUUUAACAUGAUGGAAAAGGUCAUCUCUGUUCCAUGUGGUAGAGUGAAGAAUCAGGCUACAUAUAACCCUAGCCUUUGAGUUGUGUUCAUAUGUGACAUUUUCAUGUUUUCAUGUCAGCAAGUAUUUUUUUCCUAUCAUUCAUCAAGCAGCAGCAGCAGUAGCAGUAGCACACAGGUUGUUCUUGGCACAGGGAGUUGCUGAUUUGCUUCGGCUUCCCAGCAAGAAUUUUAGAGAUUGAUGGGAGAAGUGGAUAAGAUCUGUUUCUCCACUUUAAAAAUGUAAAAAUGCCUUGAACAUUCACUCAACCAUCAACUGAGUCACUGCUGCUGCUGUUUAAGAUCGCCCCCACCUGGAUAUUAGUCAGGACAAACUGUUACCAUUCGAGUCGUGGGUCUCUAAAAGCUUUUGGCAACACACCGAGCUGCAAAAAUACAGUAAACAGAAAUAGAUACACAGCGCUGGUUCAUGCUUCAUGUGUAGGACAACAUGUACGUUGUGUAGCUGUGCAUUUCUGACUAAACCAAAUAUCACAAUAUUAUCGUUCAUUUCUUUGAUAAAGUGUUUGUGUUUGGGUCUCUGUGCCAUUAGUGCUUUCAGAUAGUCUUUAUCAAUCUACAACAGAAGCUGACCAACAACAUCAAGGGGGACAUUCCCAUUUCACUCAGCUGGAACAGCAAAUUAAAGUUUGUCUGAAAAUUCGAUCUUUUCCACAUGGAUCCUUUAAGAUAAGGAAAAUCAAACAUUUAAACUCUGUCAAUAUCGAUGCAUGAUACCAUGGCUUCUGUUAUAAAAUAGACAUCAUAUUGAUAUGUCUCCCAGCUCUACCUCAGGACUCAUCCUCCUUUUUUGGUUUACUCAUCAUCAUCUGAUUUCUUUGACUGAUAAUUAAGAUGAUGUGCUGAAAAAGUCAGAUUGUAGGUGGAUGCAGUCACAUUUUAAUGCUUAUAUAAGACCAAAAGCACAUUUUUGAAUAUUACUGUGAUGCCACAGAUGUCACCAUUAUUCUCAAGUAAUGAUUAAUAACUGUAAAAAUACCAAAUUAAAACAAACAAAAAUGAUUCCCAGUUUAUAUAACUGGUUAGACUUUGACUGAAUUUACACUGUCAUCAUGGGUGUGUGGCUUGAUGAGGCAUGAACCAGUUUUCCUCUUCCUCUGCUCCGUCUUAUCUCCUCUUCUGACUGCAGAGCCCUCAUCAGUUACACAACUGUAAUGUUUUGUCAAGCUGAAGUUAUCUUUCUCAAGACUAUCAAAGUUUGAAGAUAACAGUGUGAGUUUUAUUUUUCUCACCAAAACACACAGGGUUGUUUGAAGACAGAAAGGACAUAAACAUGCACCCAGAGCUUAAACACUGUUUCUCUUACAGACCAUAUCUUAACAUUCCGUUUUUGUUUUUUUUUUUUGUUUUUUUGUUGUUUUUUUGUUUUGUUUUUGGUUUUUUUACUUUCAAGCUGCUACUUUAUGUCUAGAAAGCCUUUUACUUGUCUGGACUUAUAUUAUUGUUACCAGCCAGUUACUAGCAAUUACUAGCGGACAGACUUUGGUGCUUGCAUGUGCAUAUUUGUUCCCCUCCGCUAGCAAUGAUGCCUCCCUGGUGUUUCUGUAAAUAAGGAUGUAGUUUUAGCCAUUUUACCUGGUUUAAUAAGGGUUAACAUUUGUGGAAAAGUUAAUGUGCAACAAUGACUUCUUUUUUUUUUGGUUCUUCUUCUUUUUGUUUUUUUUUUUUUAAGAAACGUAACGUGCUUUGUAACCAUCAGUAUGCUAACAUACAAUGUAAAUAUAUAAACUCUUAUUAAAUCUCUCCCUGAUGUUCUUCCUGAUGACACGACUGAUGUGUCAGGUUUAACAGCAGAGCAUUAAUCUUCUCAGCCCUCUGAGCUAUACUCUAGGUCUCUGGUGUCAUUUACCAUGUAUACUACUAUAAUGAUCUCUAUGUACAUUUACAAGUGUAACCCAUUUUACAAGGCACUCAAAAUGUAAAAUAUAUGUCACUGUAUACCCAGAAUACAAUUUGCCAAGGUAGUCUUUGCCCCAGAUAAUCAUAUUUAUUGUUUUUUGUAUUACAUACAGGAGGGCGGGGGGGCUUUGCAUGUAGAUUUAAACUGAGAUGGCAUUCUUCUUUAACAGGUCAGUGUUAAAUGUGAAAUGAAUUACUUUUUUAAGUUUCUGUGUUCAAAAUAUAUUCCCUCACAUCACAUUCAUCCUGUUAUCUACUGUAAAUGUUACUAUAUUAAAGGGCCUUGUUUGUA